AUGGCCAAGGGCGUCCUCAAGGCGUUCCAGUCCACGCCCCCUGCGGAGUUGAAUCGCCGGAGAUUUCUCUUCCGUAUGUGUGCGGAGCUCUGCCUCAUCGAGUGUGUGCAGGCGCCGAAGCUGCCCUUGCUGGACAUGAUCAAAGAGCUUUGUGACAUCUCGGUGGCAGAGGACCAGCUGGUGACGAACUUCACCAUCAUCUCCUCACUGGCGCAGAAGCACUCGGUGAGCUGUUUCAACAUCGUGCCUGCGAAGCAGCUCGCCUAUGCCGAAGCGCUGGGUAAGGAGUGGCCGGCGAGGCAGUGUUUGCUGGACGAGGGGAUUCGGAACCAGCUCCAGCAGCUGGUGGUGAAUGCCUACCAGUCUGCCGCCGCCGGGCUCCUGCGGAAUGCCCAUAGCAGGCUGUUGGAACAGGAGAAGGCCAAUGCCCUCUUGCGCGUAGACAAGGGGCAGGCAGGGAUUCGAGUCGGAUUGUGA